GUCUUCACAGCCAGUUCACGAAGAGAAGUUGUUGAGGGUCUGAAUAUUUCCCUCAAUUUCCUUAACCAACAAACUUUAACAUGUCUUGUCUACUGCAUGAAUUGUUCUAUGAACAUUUAUACAUCAGCAUUACAGUCGAUGUCAUCCUCUUCAAGUGACUGACGUUGCAAUAGAUCAAGCUUUCUCCAAAAUUUAUCAAUGGCAUCAAGCGGUACAGUAUGACCUUUGCUCACGUACAUGGUUUGUUCGUGAGCACACGGUAGUUCGUCCUACGAAGGUGACAUCCGCAUUUGUAAGCAAUUUGUCCAACAUCUUUCGACCGCUCAAACUCGAUCAACAUCAUAUUCAACGCCUCGAUUGAAACAAAACCACAUAAAUCCCGAAGGUGCUGUAUAUUGAAUCGGUGUUAGACGAUGGUUCGACUUCUCUCAAUGCUAGCUUUGAUAGCUGUGUUCUGAGACAAGAUAACCUGAUGAAUCCAUGACAUGGAUCUCUCCAAGUCUGACUGUGACGGGCAUAAAUAUCUUUUCAGCUUAGCAUGCUGACUCUCGAUCUUAUUAGUCGUGUGGUUCCCGAAAUGCAGAUAUUUGUCGAUCCAGGCGGAUAGAAAUAUCUCCUUAUAUGGUAUCAGUCAUACAUCUUUCAGAUAUUUCAUCACUGUCGGGAACUUCUGUAAGACUACUUCAAGGCAUGCCAUAUUACUCAUGUACGCGCUUUCAUUUUUAGACUUGAGCACCGUAGUCCACAUGCGGUAGAAUGCAUUCCAUGCUCUUUUGUCUUGCAUUGAUAGCUUGCAUUUGGUUAAAAUACUUUGAUAGAUGUGCCAUCUACAAAGUAGUUUCGAAGCCUCAGGAAAUACCUGAGCACACGCUUUCAUCAGCUCCAACUCUCUGUCCGUAAUGAUAACUCGUGAGCUAGUACAUCCAUGCAUUGCAAAUCGCAAACAUUCCAAAGCCCAAGUAUAACUGGCCUCUUUUUCUGAGUGUAAAUAUGCGAACGCUAUGCAAAAAGUCUGACUAGUUGAAGUAACACUGACAAUUUCAAGGAGAGGCAACUCGUACCUAUUGAUCUGAUAUGUCGCAUCCAUCAACAAAACGUGCGGUAAUGCACGCAAUCGAUCUAGCGAGCCAGGAUGUGCGAAGAACAAAUCUUCGAGCUAUUUGGUUGUAUGGUUUGCCCGAUAAUCGAAAAAGUAUUCAUGGUCGUUGAGGAAUGAGAACACAACUUGCAUUUGUGAUUGACUUGAUCUCUUAGCGGUCUUGUGCUUCUUGCGUGCAUUGUAUAUGAUUCUGAUGGUGCUCACGUUGUUUGGAUCUCACUUUUUCAACUUCGUCAAUAUGUCUCGUAACUUGACAUUUUGCGCAGACAUGUCAACCAUAAUUUGAAUUUCAGAUUCAGAAAGCCAACCGGGGUAUGGAAGUCCCUCCAUAUAUGAUGCAGGAUCAUGAUUAUGCUCCGCACACACCACCUCCACCAUCCAAUCAUCGUCUAGUUCAUUUUCCUCCCUCUCAAUUUGAACAGACAUUCUAUUUUUUUGGUGUCAGUCUGCUUCGUUAAGGGUUUCUUGCUUUGGUAAUCGUCAUCGCGAUCACAUUUGAAUUGUAAUUUGUGUAUUUUACCGAACCCACCAAUAUCUGAUCUAUAAAUGACGAUGAUAUAUCCCAAUUUGCGUUCGGUUUGCUGAACCCAAUCGAUCAACGAUUGUCGUGAUUUGAACACUUGAUAAUAAUGUGUUAGUUCUUAUUAGAAAUUUACGAAUAUUCAUUCAACAUAACAAAGUAGCUCAUAUUUUGAUUGACUAAAACAUUAUACCAUAUCAAUUUCAAAUUCACAUCUAUCGUCAAGUUUGAUAUUAUUUGCCAUCUUGUCCGCAUGUUCCUUUUCUUGCUUUAUUUCGGCUGAGAUAAAAUCACCCUACCAACAAUAUAAUUUACAUAGAGUAUUUACAGAAAAAACACUAAAUAAAUAAUAUUUACUUAAAAUACACUAAAGAAAAAAUAUUUACUUAAAAACAUUUAAUCAGUAUCUGUAUUUACAUGUUCACUUGAACUACUUGACAAGUGAUAGUCGAAAAGAUCAUUUAAGUAAUCCAUAUCUACAAUAGAUCUCAACUGCACUUUAACUAUCCACAAUAAAAAAAAUAACAUGAACAAAGACAUGACAUUUAUCAGAUAAACAUUGCCUCAAGAUAUCCAUUAUAGCAUAAAUGUAUAACCAAAAACUUGUCCAUGAAUUAUAAAAAAAAAAGGCAGUUGGAGCUGCUGUUAGACCUGCGACUAUUGCUGUUGGCGUUGUUGUUGGCGCCGCUCUUUCAAAUUCACUUCUUCCGACUGCUGGCGAGGCUCUAUAAGCUGUUGUUGUCCCUUCUUUCACGGUUUGAAGUGCAUUUGAAGCAGCUUAUAUAGGUGGAUAUGGUGUGGGUGAAACCGUGAAAGAUUAGAGGUGGUCAAAAAUCUGGCCUAGGGGUGAAAGUGGCUGUUGAGAGAGACGAGAUAGACUGUCAAGAUUCUCAUAGGAUUUAGGCCAAGAGUAACAACAUGCUCAUGAAUAGUAAUCAGUAUUUUCAUUCAACGAGUCUUUUCUACCCAUCUUUUAUACAUGAGACACAUGCAAAAUGUAUAAAUUAUUUGCUUGAUUGAUGAGAUGAGAUAGCGGAGUUAUAAGGAGGGGGGUUCGAAUAGUGCAUCCCAAUGCAAUUACUUAAACACCUAUAUAUCUUUGUGACAAAUGUAUGUACACUUAUGAACAUUUAGUCUAAAGACGUUUAGUGUUUUCGUAAACCCUCCCCCUUGUGGGGCCUAAAUCUUUUCAAUGUAUGUCUCCAUUCGAUGUCUUAAAAUCCAACGGUGAUGAUUAUAGGUUGUACCAAGACAGAAGAAGAGCGUGCGUAAACAAUCUACAACUUCUGAAACGGCAAUGAUGCAGCAGUUUUUCUCUUGCACUGCUGGUGUUGCUCCAGCACACUGAACUUCUCUCAAGCAAUUGCAAACAAGAACCAACACAAAGCAUAUCAGAAAUGAUUAAUGGUGGUGAUCAUGAUGCAACCGGAGCAGACCACUUCUGCACUGGCCUCACUCCCGAACCCUCCCCCUUCCUCCACCACCACCACUCCCUCUCUUAGAUCCCCUACUCCCACCCAAUCUCAGUUCCCGUCCCCUCUAUCCCUUGCCCCAUUAUCCGCUCACCGUCUGGCUGACCAUGCAAUUGGGCCUGUGCCACCGAUCGCGGCCGAGCCAGAGCUGACGAUGGCCUGCCCGCUGGCUAGGGUGCGCUUAUCUGAUAUAAUUCCUCAUGAUGGGGCGCCUGGCGGGGCCUAUGUGAAGGCGGUGGAAGCUCUUUCAGUAUCACUGAUGAGGCACAAUGCGGCGGUGAUCGAGAUGGGAACUGAGGACGCUGCGCUGAUGAGGUGCACUCUCGAGGCUGCUCGGCUGUAUUUCAGGACUAGAGCUCAGGGAUUUGGAAAGGGAAGUCGCGGGGUUUACAUGUAUCGGGCAGGAAGGUCUUUGGAAGAUUGGGACUCAUCUCCCCCAUGCAUGGCUGAAAGUUUUAGGUACAUGGGUAAGGCAGCUAGGGUUGCUCUGUGUGCAAUGGCUAGGCAUCUUCGUCUACGGAGCGAUGUUUUUAACCAUAUGCUUGAUGACACACCAUUGCCUGCUAAUGAGGUUUCCUCGUCAGUACUUGUUGCGGCCUUCUCUGUUAUGUCAUUGCAAAGUGGAAAAGGGGCCAUUGGGGGAGGGAAAGUAUUGGUUAAUGAUGAAGUCGAAAAGGGAUUGUUGACAUUGAUAGCUUCAGAUAGUCCUGGUCUGCAGGUUUGUGACCCCAAUGGUCGCUGGUACCUAGCAGAUAGUGGGUCUGUACCAGGAGAUCUUUUACUGAUUACAGGCAAGGCACUUAGCCAUGCUACUGCUGGCCUUCGUCCUGCUGCUUCAUAUAGAGCUGCUCCCGAUUGUUCUUCAGGCACCAACAGCUGUGGGAGGAUGUCUCUGGCAUUCAGGCUUAUGCCACAGGGCAAUGCUAUCUUAGAUUGUUCCCCAAUUGCUGCAGCCGGUCAUAUCAUUCCUCAGAGCUAUGUACCCAUAACUGUUAACCAGUUUAUGGAUGGCCUUUCUGCUGAGGAAGAUAUAACCUUCAAUCAAUGUGAUAAUGCCUGUGUCUCGAGAGACAGUUUGAAUAAAGAACCUUCAUUAAGAAGUGUUCUCUCAGAUCCCUUAUCAGGUACAUUCCUUGAAGAUGCAACGGUCGUUUCAUGUGGACAUUCAUUUGGUGGUCUCAUGCUAAGAAGAGUCAUCGUAACGUCCAGGUGUACCCUCUGCAGUGCAGAAAUUCAGACCGGGUCAUUAAUCCCUAAUCUUGCUCUUAGAGCAGCAGCUGCAGCUGUAAAGCAGGAAGAUGAUCGAAGACUAUUCCACAAUGCGACUCUUCGUAAGCGUCGCAAAGAAAUGGGUGAACAAACAGAUUCGAUUAGAAGACCAAACAGGGAAAAUGGGGAUCUUGCUCCUGAUGAUGGGUUGCAUAGAGGGGUGCAGUAUCCUUUUUCUGUAAACGAGAAGGUGUUAAUAAAGGGAAAUAGGAGGACGCCAGAAAAAUUUGUUGGUAAGGAAGCAAUCAUCACAUCCCAAUGCCUCAAUGGCUGGUAUUUACUUAAGGUUGUGGGCGGUGGUGAGAACGUUCGCCUGCAAUAUCGUUCCCUUAGCAAGAUAUUGAACUCUGAGAUGGCUGAACAAAGAUGUUCCAUACAAUCACAUCAGAAUAGCGGCUUAUAAAUUCCAAUUACUGUAAUAACAGUUUUCAAAUCUACACUGUAGAAGCGGAGAUGUGCUACUAGUACCUUGUCUUGUUAGCUAUGAAAAGGAAUAUCAUUCUAUAAGUUAUUGUAUCAUAAAGCUGUUUAAUCAGUUAGAAUGUAGGUGAUUGAGCCCUAGAACUGUUGUAAAGUAAAAGAUGAAGGAAAAGGAAUUUUGAGAACAACAGGUGAGGCCCCUGUUUUGCUGUAUGAUGAGGGUAUGCAACUGUUUGUAACCAUUCUCUGUCAAUCUUUGUUUUGCUUGCAAGCUUGCAUCUUUCUCCCCUAACCUUUCCCAUUAGAGAAGUGAGUGUAUUUUUGAAGUGAGAACAGAAGGCAACGUUGGAAAUAUCUAUCCUGUCUCUGGAUAUUUUUGAAGUGGGUGUAUUUAUGAAUGGAGAUUGGAGAGGAUCUACUAUGUCAAAGAAUCGGCAACCUAACCAACUUGUCUGAUCAACUACUAAGUUUUGGGAGUACCCAAGUGAAGAAGUUAAGUCUUUCAAGGAUCCCUUUGCCCUUGUGGCAAGGCAUGCUCACCACUUGUUUAAGGGGGUAAAUGAGGAAAACCUUCUUUGAGCUGCAUUAGUUGUUGUUGUGUUGUUUGUUUUGUAAGUGAGCAUCAAACCAAGCAGUCAAACUCUCGACUUCCAAAACACACUGUGUUUUUUUAGCUACAUGUAAAUUCUUGAAUAUUUGAAUUGAUUCAGAGUGUGUUUGGA